AUGUUUGAUAAUGAGCUGGUGUUGUGUGUUUUGCUGAGCACUAUCCUGGUGCUGCGAGAUGACUUCAGACAGAACCCGACAGACGUGGUGGUGGCCGCAGGAGAACCAGCAAUCCUUGAGUGUGUUCCGCCCCGAGGCCACCCUGAACCCACCAUCUACUGGAAGAAAGACAAAGUGCGAAUUGAUGACAAGGAUGACAGGAUAACUAUUCGAGGAGGGAAGUUAAUGAUCUCCAACACACGAAAGACCGACGCUGGCAUGUACAUCUGUGUGGGAACCAACAUGGUCGGAGAGAGGGACAGUGAGACAGCACAAGUCACCGUGUUUGAACGACCGACCUUCCUCCGGAGGCCCAUAAACCAGGUGGUCCUGGAAGAGGAGACGGUGGAGUUUCGCUGCCAAGUACAAGGAGACCCUCAGCCAAAUGUACGCUGGAGGAAAGAUGACGUUGAUGUCCCUCGUGGAAGGUACGAGAUCAAGUAUGAUAAGGAUGACUAUUUGCUGAGAGUGAAGAAGGCUUCCAUUAACGACGAGGGCACGUUUACCUGUGUGGCAGAAAACCGCGUGGGCAAGCUGGAGGCCUCCGCCACUCUCACCGUCAGAGCUCGCCCUGUCGCUGCGCCCCAGUUUGUCAUUCGCCCAAGGGACCAAAUUGUGGCUCAAGGCCGCACUGCCACCUUCCCGUGUGAAACCAAAGGAAACCCUCAGCCUGCUGUCUUCUGGCAGAAGGAGGGAAGUCAGAAUUUGCUCUUUCCCAACCAACCGCAGCAGCCCAGCAGUCGCUUCUCGGUGUCACCCGGCGGAGACCUCACCAUCUCAUCUGUGCAGCGGGCAGAUGCUGGCUAUUAUAUCUGCCAGGCCCUGACUGUUGCAGGCAGUAUCCUCGCCAAGGCUCAACUCGAGGUCACAGAUGUGCUCACAGACAGGCCGCCACCAAUCAUCCGCCAAGGCCCGUCCAAUCAGACACUUGGUGCGGACAGUGUGGCUCUGUUGAAGUGCCAGGCUUCAGGAGACCCUAUCCCCUCCAUCAGCUGGCUGAAGGAUGGGGUCAGUCUGCUGGGAAAGGAUGCCCGCAUGUCCCUGCAGGAGCUGGGCAGCCUUCAGAUAAAAAACAUCAAGCUUUCAGACUCUGGAAUCUACACAUGUGUGGCCACUAGCUCCAGCGGGGAAACAUCAUGGAGUGCUUACCUGGAAGUCAAAGAAGCAGGAGGAGUGAUAGUCAUGAAAACCCAUGAUGAGAAGGAGCUUCCAGGUCCACCAUCUAAGCCUCAGGUCACUGAUGUGACUAAGAACAGCGUGUCCUUGUCCUGGCAGCCUGGGAUGGCAGGAGCAUCACCUGUCUCCUCUUUUGUCAUUGAGGCAUUCAGUCAAUCGGUGAGCAACAGCUGGCAAACAGUAGCAGACCAUGUCAAAACAAACCAGUAUACUGUGAAAGGUCUCCGACCCAACACCAUCUACCUGUUCAUGGUCCGAGCAGUCAACACCCAGGGCCUGAGUGAUCCGAGCCCCAUGUCUGAACCUGUCAGAACACAAGAUAUAAGUCCUCCUGCUCAGGGUGUCGACCACAGACAUGUGCAGAAGGAGCUUGGUGAGGUCAUAGUUCGGCUGCACAACCCGGUUGUACUGAGUCCCACAUCCAUUCAGGUCACAUGGACGGUGGAUCGCCAGUCCCAGUUCAUUCAGGGUUACAGAGUCCUGUACAGGCAGACCUCAGGACUACCUUCCCCUGGACCCUGGCAGAUGCAGGAAGUGAAGGUCCCUUCUGAGCGCAGCGUUGUCCUCUCUGGACUCAAGAAGGGCAUUGUGUAUGAGAUCAAGGUCCGGCCUUAUUUCAAUGAGUUUCAAGGCAUGGACAGUGAAUCCAGAACAGCGCGGACGACUGAAGAAGCUCCCAGUGCCCCUCCUCAGCAGGUUACAGUCCUGACCGUGGGAAGCCAGAACAGCACUUCCAUUAGCAUCUCGUGGGACCCCCCUCCAUCAGACCAUCAGAAUGGCAUCAUCCAAGAGUACAAGAUCUGGUGUCUAGGGAAUGAGACACGUUUCCAUGUAAAUAAGACCGUGGACGCAGCCAUUCGCUCAGUGGUGGUUGGCGGGAUGCAAGUUGGAGUGGUGUACCGGGUAGAGGUGGCUGCAAGCACAAGCGCUGGGGUUGGAGUGAAGAGUGAAGCUCAGUCUAUCAGCAUCGGUAAAGAAUUCCGGGACGUCAUUAUACAUGGAAACCGGAACAACAGCAUCACAGAACAGAUCACUGAUGUGGUGAAACAACCUGCCUUUAUUGCUGGUAUUGGAGGAGCCUGCUGGGUCAUCCUCAUGGGAUUCAGCAUCUGGCUGUACUGGAGGAGAAAGAAGAGGAAGGGUCUGAGCAACUACGCAGUUCAGUCCUUCACCUUCACCCCUGCAGUGACUUUCCAGAGAGUCGAUGGUGGUCUGAUGAGCAAUGGAAACCGGCCGGGCUUGCUAAAUUCCAGUGACCCAGGUUACCCCUGGUUAGCGGACUCUUGGCCUGCCACCAGCCUGCCUGUCAACAGCAGCUCCGGGGGACCCAAUGACCUGAGUAACUUUGGCCGAGGAGAUCUUCCCACUGGGCAAGGAGAUAAGAGUGGCACCAUGCUCUCUGAUGGAGCCAUCUACAGCAGCAUAGACUUCACCACCAAAGCCAACUACAACAGCCCUGGCCAAACAUCCCAGGCCACUCCCUAUGCCACCAGCCAGAUUCUCCACUCCAGCAGCAUCCACGAGCUGGCGGUGGACCUGCCCGAGGCCCAGUGGAAGGCCUCCCUCCAGGCCAAGCAGGAGAUGGCUAACCUGGGGUACGCCCUGCCUGACAAGAACUCCUGCAACAACACCCUCCUUUUCAUUCCUGACUACCGAUUGGCCGAAGGAUUGUCUAAUAGAAUCCCACACAACCAAUCACAAGAUUUCAGCACCACCAGCUCUCACAACAGCUCAGAGCGAAGCGGCAGUCUCUCAGGUGGAAAGGGAGGGAAGAAGAAGAAGACCAAGGGUGGCUCCAAACCAACUAAAGCCAAUGGAUCCAACUGGGCCAAUGUCCCCCUCCCCCCUCCCCCUAUUCACCCACUCCCUGGCACUGAAAUGGACCUUUAUCCCAAUGAGCUUCAUGAAGGAGGAGGGUAUGAGAGCGAUGGCUGGGGCCCGCCUAUGCCGGUGCAGACCUAUCUCCACCAGGGCAUGGAGGAUGAGCUGGAGGAGGAGGAAGAGAGGGUCCCCACCCCGCCCAUCCGGGGGGUUGCAUCCUCCCCGGCUGCUGUGUCCUUUGGACAGCAGUCCACAGCCACCCUCACCCCUUCCCCUCGGGACGAGAUGCAGCCCAUGCUCCAGUCACAUUUGGAUGAACUGACCAGAGCAUACCAAAUGGACAUGGCAAAACAGUCAUGGCACAUGCAAGUGGGCUCUCUCCCCCCCCAGGCUCCAGCUCCUCCAUUGGGCUACGUGUCGAGCACAAUGGUUUCUGACCUGGAGACUGACGUACCUGAUGAAGAUGAGGAGGAGGAGGAGGAGGAAGAGGAGGAAGAGGAAGAGGAGGAGGAUGAAGGCUAUGGAGCCAGGCAUCCCCGCGGCAUUGAGCACACACCAGGGUCUAGCAUGGACAACCUGGACAGCUCUUUAACAGGGUCCAUGGUGAAUGGGUGGGGCUCAGCCUCGGAGGAUGACCGUAAUUUCUCCAGCCAUAGGUCCAGUUACGGCAGUUCGUCUGACGGCUCCAUCUUUACCCAAUGCAGCUUUGCCCAGGCCCUGGUGGCCGCUGCAGACAAGGCAGGCUACCAGCUGGAGGGCACUAGCCUCAGCAAGAGAGGUAAAGGCUUGUCCCACAGGCCCCGGCCCAGCAGUCCUUUCUCAACAGAUGGCAGCACAGUGGGCUCACACAGCCUGGGCCACCAGAGGGCCACCAGGCCCACACGCAAACCCCGAAGCCAGGGGACAGCACCUCCCCGCAGAGAUGCUGGUGGAGACGACCUACCUCCUCCCCCUGAGCCUCCUCCCUCUCAGGGGCAGGGCCGGGUCCAGGGGGCCCGCAGUGUGGCACCGCCUACAGAUCGGAAGGCUUCAUCUCUGGAACGCCCGCCUAUGUCCGAGCUGGAGGAAAUAAAGAGCAACAUUGACAGACAGACACGCACUACUCUGGAACAUCAUCGCCAGGCUCAGGACAGGCUGGGCUCCAUGGAGCGAGCUGAGGAGGGGCGCAGGGGACACAAAACAGAGGAUGGGUGCCUGCCAUACAACAAACCCUCCUUCCCCUCUCCCGGCGGCCACAGCUCCUCCGGCACCGCCUCCUCUAAGGGCUCCACAGGGCCACGCAAGGCCGAGGGGCCCCGACAGCCUCAACAGUGGACCGCCACAGAGCACGCUGAAUUCCUGGGAACCAAUGGACAGGGACAGUACUCGGGAGAAUUAUAGUGAUCUGCCUUGGAUUUGACCUGGAGAGCAUCCUCUCUGUCCUGGAGAGCAUGACGCCCUCGUUGUCGGGCUACGAACUUUGCCAUUAUUUGUGUGCCCUCGGAGAGAAGGAGUGCAGCAGAGGGCGGUGUCACAGAACUGUAAAUGCGAUGUAUAGACACAGACAUACUGUACAUCUCACUAUGUUUUCGUCCUCAAGAAAAUAUUUUCCACCUCCUACCUUACUGUAAUUUUUGUUUUGUUAGAAAAAAGCAAGUAAAAAAAAAAAGAAACAAUCUAUACAAGAACACAUUUUCUGGUAACUGCCCUUGGGAGAAAGGGCAUUUUGUUUCCUGUAAAUAUAUUCUUUACCAUGUUGUUGCAUUGCUAUGCAAGCCUAAUUCAGUUUGAGCUUUUGAUUUCCAUACACAGAAACGGUUGGUUUUAUCUGGUUAUUUGUAUUAUAUGUGAAUUGAGUGGCUGCUGUGCCAUAAAAUAAUUGUUUUAUAAUCCAUUGUUUGUUAAUAGUUACCUUUUAAUUAUUAUCAUUAUUAUAAUUAUUGUUUUUGCACUGCAAUUUUUGGUGAUAAGCACAAAAAACAUAGCUCCUGCUGACAUGAAGAACCGGAAGGACCGGAGGGUGAAGAGGAGUUCCUGUACUGUAAAGUAAAGAGAAGAAA